GGCCCCUUUAACCGUACACGCCGCUUCGCGUAGUGUGCGUACGGGUAGGUCAGAUUAAAAUACUGCCUCCGCUCAAAAACAAACAAAAACUUGUUGCGUUAUAUGCUUAUGACAUGUUUGCAGUUCCUCCCCUGCAAGCACACGCAAGGAACGACAGUAUUUUAAAUAAAUGAGUAUAUAAAUAUACGGAUUAGCUAUAAAAUGCUAGGGAAAAUUGGUGAAUGAAAAUGAUCGCAUCACGAGACAGCCGCGUAACGAAACGUUUGGUUAAUGAACUGCUCUUGAAGUUAAUUGAACAAAGUAAUCUUUAAUACCGUAGGAAGCACUAAACAAAAUAACCUUAGAACGUGAAAACACUGCACAAGAAGAAAAAAAAAAAUCGACUCACAAUUGUAAACAAUUUUGGUUUCAGUUUGCCCAUAGUAGCCAGAGCCUUCAACCCUGUCGGCCAUAUUUAGACACACUGUACCGAGAAAUAAAUACUCCCCGCCUUCUUUAUAACCUCGUAUCAGAACGCUAAUUUCUUUAAAACCAAAACGAAAUGCUGUUUUGUUUUUUCGUAGCUCUUACCAAAAUGUGCUUCGAGCCUAAGGGCCCGAAGUGGCCCGAAGGGGGUUAGUUUGUUUUGAAACGAAACCAGGCCGCUUCCGAUAAAGCUAUCGAGGUCAAGUUCACAGUUAGCCGAGACAGCUGAAGAAGCAUCUUCCCAAGUGGGACCUCAUUCUGUCGCCGAAAUGGGCAAGACGGACAAGUCGGCGGUCGCCUUCCUGGCUGCCGUGUCGGUCGUCAACUGCCUGCUCAGUGUCCCGCUGCACCGCUUCAAGUCUGUGCGGCGUGCCCUGGAGGAAGUGGGCACGGAGGUGGUGGUGGCCCAGCCCAAGUACUACAACGAAGUGGGCGGCACCCUGCCCAUUCCGGAGCCCCUGUCCAAUUACCUGGAUGCCCAAUACUAUGGACCAAUCAGCAUCGGGAGCCCUCCGCAGCCCUUCCGUGUGGUGUUUGACACGGGUUCCUCCAACCUCUGGGUGCCUUCUAAGCAGUGCAAGUGGACCAACAUCGCCUGCCUGCUCCACAAGAAGUAUGACCAGACACGCUCCAGGAGCUACCGCAAGAACGGGACGGCCAUCUCCCUGCGCUAUGGCACGGGCAGCAUGACUGGCUUCCUCAGCGUUGAUACCGUGUCCCUGGCUGGCAUCGACGUCCACAAUCAGACGUUUGCGGAGGCCGUGACGGAGCCGGGCCUGACGUUUGUGGCUGCCAAGUUUGACGGCAUCUUGGGCCUGGGCUUCAGCAACAUUGCGGUCAUGGGAGCCCCCACGGUCUUUGACAACAUGGUGGCGCAGCUGCUCGUGCCCAGGCCCGUCUUCUCCUUCUUCCUCAACCGGAACACGACUUCCCCGACCGGUGGAGAGAUCACUUUUGGCGGCACGGACGACCGCUUCUACUCCGGGGACAUCAGCUACGUCCCUGUCUCAACCAAGGGCUACUGGCAGUUCACGGUGGACAACAUUGUGGUGAAGAACAGCUCGUUCAAGCUGUGUGCGGAGGGCUGCGAGGCCAUUGCGGACACGGGCACCUCCCUCAUGGCGGGGCCUUCCCUGGAGAUCAUGAAGCUGCAGAAGCUCAUCGGGGCACUGCCUUUCUCCCACGGCCAGUACACCGUGCGCUGCCAAGACAUUCACCAGCUGCCGGACAUCAAGUUCCACAUUGGCGGGCAGGAGUACGUGCUCACUGGCAGCGACUACGUCCUCAAGAUCACGCAGUUUGGCCGGAUGAUCUGCCUGUCCGGCUUUGUGGGGCUGGACAUUCCGGAGCCCCGCGGACCGCUCUGGAUCCUCGGGGACGUGUUCAUCGGCCGCUACUACACCGUGUUUGACUACGGGGCCUCCAGGGUGGGCUUUGCCAAGGCCAGGGAGAUCUACUGAGUGUCCCUCCAAUUCGAAGGAGCCUGCCCGUGACGGGGGACUGGACCGAUUGGGGUGUCUGUUCACAUCUGCUCAUCCUUUUCUUCCUGGUGACAUUCUUGCUGCACAACCGGUAACUUUAGGGCAACCCCACGCUUUACACGUUGAGUCUUUCUAAAAUUGACCGACGUAGGGGUUCCUAAGUAAGUUUCUAACUAGUUUAGAACCUUACACAAUUGUUUUCACCAGUUAACCCUUUGACCGUCGUCACCGCACAUAUAUGGCGGGGAUUACACAUUUGAAACUGCCCGCCUAAACACGCUUUGCGGGAGCUGUUUCUAUUUGUUGUCUUUUGCGAACUAGUGUAAACAUAUUUGUGCGGUGUUUCACUUUGCCGGGGCUAUUUAUUGUUUUGAAAUCGCGUGCGUGGAGUGUGCACGUGAUACGCACGAGGCGGACUGGCGGUGGUAGCAAUCGGAGUGCCAGCUUUUCUGAUUCAGACUUUAAAAACGCUUCUCGGGGUUCGGAGAAUGAGGGUGUAGCCUCCGACGGAUCAGCCCUGUGAAGUACCUCCGGUCCGAAUCUGACGCUCCUGGAAUGUCGCUGCACCGGAUGCGCCAAGAAUAUAAAUCCAAGAAAGAGGACGAUUUUUUGCCUUCAAUAUAUCCAUUUUAGGCUUCUAAAUCUGAACAGCUUGCAAGCGCUGUAUCUGUUCUCGCUACAUAAUUAAGAAAAAAAAAAUGUCCAUUGACCUUUUUUUAUACUAUUCCUUCGGAAACACAACUCGACUGCUGGGAGCUUGGGAAAAAACACUCUUCCUUCGAAAAGUUAAUAAGUUAAUCGGUCUAUUUUAGUUAAUUACCUAGUUCAUUUUUUUAUUUUUGUUUUUUUAUCCUCGAUGUCCACAUUGGCUGGCAGUUUGUUCCCAAAAUGAGUUUAUAUUUUUUCUCUACCACCCUAAUGAUGGGAAUUUUUUUGUCUUUGCUGAAAUGGCAGAAGCAUACACUUUCCGUGAUUGUGCCCUUAUUUAAGGUAAUUAAAUGAUCUACGAUGGAGUACUGUGUUCCGAGCAGCUAGACUGGAAUUUAGGAGGUCGCUGUUUCAUGAUCCAGAAUAUUCUACGCCUGCUGGUAAUGAGCUCGCACCUUCAAUGAGGCUGUAUUUUAGUGGUGAAGUUUGCUUUGUAAAGUUUCAAGUCGUGGCUCUUUUCCUCCGCAAAAUUAUAACGUAUUAAUUCUGACUGGUACCUGCUCAUUGAUUUUGUCCCGCUUUAUUUUUCUAAGUGAUGUAUUUCACGAUUUGGCGCCAUCUUCCGACGAGCAGCAAAGAGCCCAACUUUCGGCAACAGUCGACUUGCUGCUGCGGAACCCACCGUUGAAAAAUACUCUUUUUAUUUUUGUGAACCACGUAGUUGCACGUUGAAAUUUCACGAGGAUUUAAUCUACCGCUAAAAUACGUCUUGGAUGUAAAUUUCAGCUGGCUACAUGCAUCCGCUGAUUUUAAAGCAAAAGCUUUAAGGAGGCCCGUGUCGCAGAAAAGUUAGCGUCGGUGGCGUGGGGCAGGAAAAUCCUGGUUGGUCGAUAGGGUCGUGACGUCGCAUCCACACGACCUUGCGUAGGAAUUCCAAACAACCCACAAUGCUCACGUGACAUCACACGUGGAAUGAAAGUGAUUAAAACAUGACGUGCAAAGUAAAGGCUGCCGCAUGUCCCAAAUGGUUUCACUCGAUAAAGUAAUUCAUUAAAGAAAAAAAGAAUUUUAUGCAGGAUUUGAACCCACGACCCUUCGGGUGCUAGCCAGACACGCUACCAACUGGGACAUGCAGACACGCACGGCUUGGGAACUAGCCGUGCAAGUGUGUCUAUGGGUAGCUAUAAAUGUUCCGCCCUUAAAGGCGGAGCUUAAGUGUCCUCCCGUAAUUUUCCAGCUUUUUUUAUGGCGAGCUCUUCGAUUCUGGACUCUCUAUAUACUUAUCAGUCUCCAUGGUACAAAGAGGAUGUACCAUGAUAGCUCUCAGUUUGCUCGCAUCCAGCAAUAACUAUGCAACUUCCACAUUUUCUAUUGGAAGUAAAUAUGACUUUAUUCAUGAACAAUUUGCAAUGAGCAUUAUUUUUAAUAAAGCUUUUUGUGUACGGUCGUUUAGGCAGCUAGUCUAUUCAAUUAGUUUUGUUUGCAUUGUGGUCUUUCUGAAAGCGAGCUUGCCGUUGCCCGUCUUUGCAAUAUUGCAGUGACUGCGGCAGUAAUGUUGCCAUGAAACUGGUUGUGGGGCAAAGAUUCUCGUUGCUAGCUAAACCGAAGAUCCUCGCUGAAUAUCGCCUCGACAUAAAUUGCAAAGUUUUUGCGUUGGCACAGAAGUAAAACUUUUAUCGGAAAGAAUUCAAGAUUUAAGCGGAUCAGGUAGGCUUUGCAGAGUUCUAAAAUUGCAUUGCGUUUGAGCAACGAGUAGUAUAAUUAAAUGCUUACACCAUCAAGAUUAUUUAUUUACCGUAGUUUUUGUUUUUGUUUUCGCUGCAGAAAGCAAGCAACAGCUUGUCGAGGAGCGUGUGCAUUUAACAAAAAUAUCAGUGUCAAAAGCCAGGGAUUGUGCUGCUGCCAUUUGAAUAUGUUAGACCUGCACCACAUUGUAACUAUUUCUUUUAAUAGUUAUAAUCCUUGACCAGAUCUUCUGGAAAAGCUUGGCAGUGGCACAAAAGAUUGUAGUGUUUUAGAAGGUUGAACUCUACAUUUAGCCUUUCCCACUUUAGCGAGCACUUUGUGGUCGAGUAAUAUGUAAAGUUUGGACGGCCAUCAAUUUUGAAUGUAACUUAUAGUGUGAAUGUUUGUGUCUGUUUUAUGACUGUGAAGUUCCUACUGAUCUAACAUGAAGGGUCACUCAGAAACCGAUGGCACUUGCAAUACUUGUUUUUGUGACAAGGCCCAAAUAUCUUGAACAAAUUUGUCAAGAAUUUUGCGGCGCAUAUUUCUCCCUAAAAUGGAGAAUGCCAUAAUAUAGUCGCAGUCAGAUGCACACCUGUCAAGUAAAGUAUUAGAUCUGUUUCAAAGAUUUUUUUGUUUUCAUUAAGUCUAACUCAGUAUUGCGGGCCGGGCCGUGGUAUCUCUUCUGUGCUACCAAUAUGCAACUAAAUUUUCGGUUGCCUUAGUAUCUUGGAAGCGGUGCUUGUUAGGUCCUGGACCCUUGUUCGGGUCCUCUGAAGAGGUGGUGACGGUAGCUUCGAAAGGCUUAGGUUCUCUGUGUUUUUAGGAGAAGAGAGGGGGACGGUCCUCCAUUAAAUGGGCUUAAAGACAUUCUCUGGAGAGUGUUGCACUCACUCCUAAAGAACUCCUUUUUUUCUGAGCCAUUGUGUGGACUGAUAGAACCAUCUUAUAGCUACACAUUUGUUCUCUUAAAUCAGUGGUAGCCCCUAGAUUUAAGUAAAAAAUAUAAAAAUCUGAUAUGCUUAGCUAGAUAAAGGUGUUUGAGCGCUGUGGUUAUGGGAUUGAAAUGAUAGUUGAUUUCUUGUACUGUUGGUGCCAAACUUUUUAUGGUCUUCAUUUUUUCUCUGAUUGCCGAUGUCAACGCUUUGUGCUUUUUACUCUUAGUGAAUGCAUAGAGUAGUGUGGUUAUGUUUCCUUGUGAAAGCAGAAAUAAACGAGAGAUUUUUGUUUGAGAAUGCA